UUUUUCUGUCUCUCAUCCGCUCCACAUUAUUCGCAAAUACUCCCUCCCUCGAUCAUUGUCGUUCCCGCAUGCGAUCUUCCACUGCUAAGGAUACUUGCGCCAUGGACAAUGUCCAAGCAUCGAUGGAAAUGUCAUAUUGGCUGCGGAAGAGAAUUGAUCAAUAUGGAAGCGCGACAAUGCCUCAGUUCGCCGAAAAGUUCAAACUAUCCAACAGACAGGAUGCAGACCUGCUCUUUUCACAUCUCAUUUCAAAGAGCUCUCUCCGCAAAACAACAAGGCACACCUUGCGGAGCGACUAUGAUAUAUGGAAACGGAACGAGGGCGAUCAGUUCUGGGCAGCAUUGGAAGCCACCACACAGAUUGCUUCAGAUAUAGUUGUAGGAAGUGUCCCAAAGGCAAGAAAGCUCGUACUCGGGGACAACCACCCAUCUCUUUCCAAACCGAGCACACUGGCAAACGAAUGCUCACCAACAACUAGCCGAAAACGAGAUCGAGAGUCGUUCGAAGGCUCACCACCUGCAAGCAUACUCUUCUGAUUCAGUACACAGAGAUGACAGUCUUGAUUUGGGUGAGACCGAUGCGUUGGUAGCGAUGAUUAAUUCUGUCAAGCACAGAGAUUGCAGUCUUUGGGUC